CUCACACUGCCACGAGGGUCGGACGGUCCUUCGUUGAGUAACAAGGAUUUUUUUUCUUAUGACAGAACUACGAUUUUUAACUUUAUUUUUUUGUGAAAUUGAAACAAAAACUGUUAUGCACAGAAGGCUAAACAGAAUGGACAUUUAAGAUGAUAGGACACGGCUCCAAUGAUGAAAAGGCUCGGUGAGGUGUAGCGGGAGUUUGUUCUCAGGUGAAGGUACACAAGAUAAACUUAAUCAACCUUGAGAUGAUGGAUUAUCUUCAAUAAUUUAGAACAGUUGUACCUGUUUCAUGCCAAAUGAUGCUGGUUGUAGAAUACAAUGACCUUCACAAAACCACUAAAAUUAGACAGUUUUGAAAAAAAGGCGAUAAGAGAGAAUGGAGUUGAAUGAUUUCAAAAUGUUUCAUUAUUUUUCCAGAUGAAAGACAUCUGUACUCGGUGCUGACUUUUAUAGAAGAUAUUGUCCUUGGAAUGAUUAUAUGUAUGUAGGAAUAGAAAGUGAUGUUGAACAAUGUCUGCCUGUCUGUCAAAAAGUACGCUGCGUCAAACAUUUCUAUGGAUGAUAGUGGUAGCCUGCUUAUCUUCACUGGUAACCUACCAUAUUGGACUGUUACUACCAUGGGUUGAAAUGAACCAGGCUUCAGAUCAAGUCCAGCAACAUGUCAGAAUGAACCGUAUGUUGAUGAAAGAAGUUAAUUCAAAAGAGACUUCUGGCAUUGAUGAUAAAAUAUAUGAAAGAGAUGGCAGGCAAAAUUCCUUGAGGAAGUUAUCUGUCAAUCAGCAACACAGUACUCAAAGCUCUACUAUACUGGCCAAGUUAAGACAAAUUGAAAGCAGACUACAGAGUAUAUCAGCAUCCAGAACUGUGCUGACAUUAGGUCUGACUAAAAACCAAACACAAAUUAUAAAGGAUGUGUUCUCUAAACAUAAUUAUACAGUGUUUACUAAAGAUGAAACUACCGAUACAAAAGGAAACUGGUCUGUGGUAUGGACUGCAAGUAAAACUGAUAUACAAAAUAGACAUGAUGCCUACACCAUGUACAACCACAUACCUGUCAUACAUCAAGUAAUUGAACAGCCAGAAUAUAUCUGUUACCUACAUACAGUCUAUAGUAAAGUUACAGAGAGUCAUAAUACAACAUGCUAUGACAAACUAUCAGCCUUAAUAGAAACCAAAAUGAAACCUCAGUCUAAUUAUUUAUUGUAUGAUGAACAGAAAGGAAUUCAGACCAAACAUGGAACAGAUUUAAGAGAUAUUAGAUACAAUGGUAGUCUAUGGCACAGCAACAGCAGUUUUUUGAGAAAUAAUGGUUCUAUCAUCAAUAUGAAACUAAAUGUUUAUGUGGCAGCCAUGUUUCCUGUAAGACUAUACAUCUACUCUGGAAAAGAUCUGGAAAAAAUGAAGACAUACAUAUCAGAUAGUUUUGGUGAAACAUCAGAGGGCAUUUGGUGGAAACAACUGAAGCAGUCUGUUGUUCUAAGUUUACUUACAUCAGAGAAUUUAGCAUUGAAACUGAAUCUACAAUACAAUAACAUAUAUAACCAGUAUACACAGUUGUUUCAGUACCAUGUGAUCUUCACAUCAAAUUUCCAUCCAAUCAUAUUAAAGGUGAAACUGUUGCCUCAAAGUGACAGUUCUGACAUAGUUAAAGAUACUAUUUCUCUAAUGGUCACCAAGGAAACAGUUUCAAUGGAUGUAGCUGUAGCACUUGGUGAAAGUGGCAGUGAUAUUAUUCUGGAUCGGAAGAAAUGCAGAAAUGGUUAUGGUGUGUGUUUACUGGAUUCUGAUCUGAUUUACCUCCUAAAUAAUGUACAAGAGAGUAAAUCAUUAGGACAAUUUAUAAAGCUGUAUCCUUCAUUGUCAGAAGAUUAUACAUCAGAUAUAACCAGACUUCAGAAGAUCUGGAUAAAUGAUAGAUCUCUACAGACACUUAAUCAACAGAUCAAGGAGCACCAUAUCCCAGAGUUCCAUUCUACCACUGACGUACAUUCUCUCCUUCAUCAAGUGGAGAGUCACUUAUCUGCAGAGGUGGAUUAUGUUGAGGAAGAUUUACUCAGAUCAAAUUUGGUUCCAAGCUCAAACUUCCGCCGACAUCUUAAAAGUAGCGAUCAGAAAGACUAUAUAUUAUCUGAUGAGGAAGGUUCAACAUUACUAAGCCAUCUAGAGGUAUAUCCUACAAUUGACCUACACCUUGAUCCAUACAAGACGAAUUAUAACAUUACAGUGAACUAUGACAUUAUAAUGUUACAUUUUGAUGUCAGAACUAAAGACAGUAAAACUGAAGCUAGAUUUGACAACAUUAGUGGUUUAGUCAGUAGGAGCAACUUCACAAUAGGACUUGGAGACAAUUUAAUAAAGAUACAUGUAGUGGAUAUUAGUAAAAGACAACCAGUUAUAGUAAAUACCUACACAUUCAAUGUCUAUAGGAAAUAUGGAGGACAGACAGGCAUUUCAAGUACUGUACUGAAAACAUGUGUUCUUAAACAGGAUUGUACACUGAAGUUUCUGCCUGAUCAGAACUGUGGAUUACAACCAUCAGCUCAGUAUACAACAUGGAACCAGUUUAUUUUAGAGUCAAACAAGAAACCAUACUGUUAUAAUUAUCAAGAUUCUUUAGAUGCUGAUUGGAAAGUUCCAUGUUAUUCAUGUUCAGAUAGAGAAAGUUGCUAUUGGCAACAAGCAAGAUGGCAGCCAUCAUCAUGUCAGCACAGGAAACAUAGCAUUACAGAAGUGAAGAAAUGUUUUGUUGGAAAGAAAGUUUUAUUUAUUGGAGAUUCUACAAAUCGUGGUAUCAUGCACUAUAUUUUAGAAAAGAUCAAUGGAACUUUGUACGACUGGGAUAAAACUCAUGAUUUGAAGUUUUAUACCAGUGUUAACAAUCAGCAGACGUUAAUGAGUUUUGCAUAUUACCCACAAUUCUGGUUGCCCAACAACCAUAGACCAGGAUUUGAUAAAGCUGUGUAUCAACUUAUUAAAUGGACAUCACCUUUAGAGAAUAACAGUAACACUGUAUUGGUGGUCGGAGGAGUUCAUUGGUUAGGCAAACAACACAUAAAUGUCAUAUGGAAGGCAUUGAAAAGGGAGGGAUUGACGGGAAUCAAAUUGAUAAUGAAAGGUCAUGGAGCAGGUUUUCAUCAGCAUGUAGAAGGUGUACAUUUUGCAUCACAAGACCAUCAAGAAAAGUUAGAGAUACAAGAAAGAGAAGUAGGCCGAUAUGCUUCUGACCAUGGAUUCCAUGUUAUACCUACAUUUAAUAUGACUAUGUCUAGAUAUAAAGAUUUCUUACAAGGAAAAUGUGCUUGUCAUUUUCAUAAGGUUACCACGACAACUAAUAGACAAGGACUAAAGCAGUACCACAUUGAAGGUGACAUCAACGCUGCCUACUCAGAAUUAAUGAUAAAUGCAAUAUGUCAGCGUCAUCCUGGAUAAAAAGCACAGUUUCAGUUUAUCAGGAAAAAUAGCUUGAUCACAUGAUCUUAAGAGUACCAGCACUUAACAUGAAGGUGCACAGAAGUACCCAACUUCUUAGUCACAUGGUUCUAGUCAACCUUUCUUCAAAAGGAUGUCAGUGCAACAGUUCAUUGCAAAACUUGAAGUAAAGAAGAUCUUCAGUACAUUAUGAUUGAAUAGUGUACUUGUAACUGUAUAUUUGAUCUGCAUAAUAAAUGUUCCACUAAGCCAACAAAAUAGUAUAUUACAAAAUUUUCUCAAAAGAACUAAAAUUACAUGGUAUUUUAUUAAAAUACGUGAUUUUUUUUAUUCAUAGAAUAGAUUCCCUAACUUCAAGCCCUAUAUAUUUGUUUUGGAAAGAUUGGAAAUAAAACAAUAGAGGGAUUUUUAAAGGUCAAAAUAUAAGAUAAAAUCAAAUUAAUAUUAAUAAACAUACAUA